AUGAGCGGCUUCGAUUCCGUGGGCACGCUGCUGGCUGACGUCGCAAACAACCUUCUUGAGGGACUACGCAUAUUUAGCCUCGCCGACAAGACGCAUUGGCGUCAAGACGAGUACGAACACGUCCAGGCGCUCGAGGCGGCUCUGAACGACGCCAAGAAGGACUUCCAGGAGCUAUGUCCGUUGGUCAACGGGCAAUCCCAAUACGAGCAUGACCGAACGUACGAGACGAUACAAGAGCUGAGACUCCUCCGCGACAAGUUUCGAGCUCAUGUUCAGCUCCUCAGAGACUGGAGUCGGUCAGGCGGGCCAAUCAAUCCCGUGUGGGUACGGGAAACUCAUUCUCUCCAACGACAACUACACCGCGCGCAGUGUCGAGCCGCCAGGCGUGUGUUUGCGUCGUCGCAGGAGUCCUCGCAACGGUGCCUGGGCGCAUUUCUGGUGCGGCGGGCCCAGGCCAAGGUCGCGGUCCGGCCGGACCAGCAAACGCCAGAGGCCGACUGUCAAAAGCGGCAGUUGGAAGAGCUGGCCGCGUGCACGAGAACAGGGUCCUUUGAUCGCUUCAGGGACGAGGAUAUGGUUUUCAUCUGCGACUUUUGUGACGGCCACUUGAUAUGGGAGGAUCUCGAAAACGUCCCUACCCAACGAACAGCUGCGUUUCAACCGAGGUGGCCAGGACAUAGCCAGCAUUGGCAAGCUACAGGCACGAGCUCAUCGGGCCCACAGGAGAAGCAGGUAGUAUUCCCGCCCAUAGCAGUCGCCAACCACUUGGCCCCAUUGCGCGGCGACUGGCAGGCGAGACUGCUGUGCCCCUUGUGCGAGGACGAAGCCAAGAAGCCGCAGGACGAAGACGACGACGAGGAACUGUACAAGCCAGAUGACGAGUUUGAGGAUGUAGCAUCGUUGCAGAACCACAUGGAGUGGCAGCACGCCGAGGCCGUUGCCAAUGAUCAGCGGUCAAGCAACUGCGCCAUCAUGUAG